GGAGGAUAUCGUAUUAGUGAAUAAUCCUCUGAAGACAUCCGAAUGUCAAUAGGCGCUGUAGGAAAGCGCGGUUGAGCCCUCCCGAGUCCCCGAUUUUCAAUUCCGCCUCUGGAAGAUUCCUCAAUUGCUGGAAAGUACAUGGGUUUCCAUCGUUCUAUCAGUGUGAACAUGUAGCCGAUCGUUAAGAUGGCUCUGCGGUUGACGACAUGGAAUGUGAAUGGCAUCCGAAAUCCAUUCGGAUACCAGCCAUGGCGGGAGAAGCGAACCUUCGACGCCAUGUUCAACACCCUCGAGGCGGAUAUAGUAGUCAUGCAGGAACUGAAGAUCCAAAGAAAGGACCUCACAGAUGAUAUGGUGCUUAUCCCUGGCUGGGACUGCUUCUUCAGUCUCCCAAAGCAUAAGAAAGGCUACUCUGGAGUUGGCAUCUAUACUCGACAGUCGGCGUGCAUACCUAUCAAGGCUGAGGAAGGGCUACUUGGCAUCCUGACCUUACCGGGUACAUCGACUCGGUACCGAGAUCUUCCUGCUGAGAAAGCAAUCGGCGGCUAUCCUACUGAAGAGCAGAUCGAGGAAAUGGGGGUCGAUGCAGCCGCGUUAGACGCCGAAGGCCGCUGUGUCAUCCUGGAGUUCCCGGCGUUUGUCAUAUUCGGCGUAUAUUGUCCUGCUAACAGCAAUGGGCUGCGUGAUGACUUUCGGUACGGCUUCUUUUGUGCUCUCGAGACACGGAUACGGAACCUGGAUGCCAUGGGAAAGCGAAUUAUCCUUACCGGCGAUCUGAAUGUCUCACGAGAUGUGAUUGAUACCGCGCGUGCCAUAGAAGCCAUAAAGAAGGAAGGCAUCACAUACGAUGAGUAUGUGUCCUCCCCAAAUCGGCGGCUUUUCAAUCAGCUUGUCGAAGACUCGCCAGUCGUGGAGCCAAGAGACCAGGGAAGAGAGCACCCGGUGCUCUGGGAUGUUCCACGAGGAUUUCAUCCGACAAGACAGGGCAUGUUCACGCACUGGGAGCAGAAGAUCAAUGCUCGGCCAGCAAACUUCGGUUCUCGGAUUGACCACGUUCUUUCCAGUAUUUCUAUGAAGGAGUGGUUCAUCGAUUCCAACAUCCAGGAAGGGUUGAUGGGCUCGGAUCAUUGCCCAGUCUAUGCCAUUAUGGGAGAGAAAGUCCAGGCUGAUGGCAAGGAAACGUUCUUUCGAGAUAUCAUGCAUCCAGGGGAUAUCUUCAAAGAUGGAGUCCGUCUCCGCGAACCGGGACCCAAAGACUUGCUCCCGCUCUCAGGAAAGCUACUGCCGGAAUUCGAUAAGCGCAGGAGCAUAAGAGACAUGUUUGGCCGGAAGCAGUCCAGCGGCUCUGCUCCAAAGCCAGGUGCACUGUCACCAUCUCAAAGCCAAAGUUCGGCCACCUCAAUUGGCAUAUAUCCUACCCAGACAGAAUCCUCAACACCAUCUACAGCUCCUAUCACAUCGACAGAACCUAAAACACCGAUCUCUCCUAGAGUUUCGCGCAGCGGGGUAUCGCCAAGUGCCAGGGCAUCGCCAGUCGUGUCAAACCCCUCGAAUCGGGUGACGAACGAACGGCCAUCGAAACGCGCAAAGCUCGGCUCUUCCACAUCCUCACUCCCUGCAACUUCCAAAGGCCAAAAGUCGCUAAAAAGCUUCUUCCAGGCCAAGUCGACAGUUCCGAACGGCUCCUCCAGUCGAGACAGGAGCGCAUCAAUAUCCGAAACGCCGUCCCAGCCUGGCACGGCCAAAACAGCUACUGCCGUAGCAAAUUCUGAUUUACGUUCCGAAUCGAACCCCACAACUCUUUCAACGGCUAGCCCGAACCCGACACCCAAAAAGGUAACUAACUUUGAAACUGAAGCGACCAAAAGUGCUGAGCCGUUUAGCGCAAAGGGUGAGUCAGAUGAUGUGUACGACCCGAUAGUGACAAAAGAAUCAUGGGACAAAGUCUUCAAGAAGCGGAAAGCACCUCUAUGCGAAGGGCAUGAAGAACCAUGCAUCAGUCUAUCAAGCAAGAAGAAAGGUGUCAACGUCGGGAGGUACUUCUGGAUAUGCCCACGACCUAUCGGACCGUCAGGAAACAAGGAGAAGGGGACACACUGGCGAUGUCAUACAUUCAUAUGGGCUAGUGACUGGAAUGGGCAGGGAUGAAGAAAGAGGCUAUGACGGCUGCUAUGGAGACGAGGCUGCUCAGCAUGUAAGAAUAAUCAGCACCGUGAUUAUUACGGAAUAGCGUAUCGUGAUGUGCACAAUGGCCCAUGGAAAAUAUGUCUGAGAAGAGUUAUUGCUAUGGGUUACGAGACUACAAGCCGAAUUCCCAGAUACCCGGAAUACUUUUUUGUAGAAAUCGACGAAAACUUGAAUCGCCUACUC